UUAAAUUUAUUAUGGACCAAAUUAGUCUAACUGAACUAAGGCGCUUCUAUUUUGGACCAACUUUGGCUGAGAGUAUCCUGUACGGGUACGACUGUUUGCAGGAGUUUUUCGGUUGGAACAAAUCUGAGAAGAAGAAAAACGUCGAACCGGAAGACUCAAAGUGUCUGCAACAGUUUGAAUCUUUUGAGGCUCUGGAUGAGAGUAUUGUGAAUCCACAAAAAAAUACAGGACAGGACUUGGACGAAUCUAUUGGUAAAGAAUUGGUCGUAGCCAGUAUGUCCAACGACAGAACCACUCAAAGUUUAAAACUCAAAGAAAGACCAGUUACGAGUCCAAUUUGCAAUAUUAGAAACAGCUUUUCCUCACCAACCCCCCAAAGACGACACUCGUCCUCAAGUCGCCGUCACUCAUCUCCUCAUGACCCCAAGGGAACAUCGGCCACGACGCCCCACCAGUCCCGCCACCGGCCCCGGUUGACCGCGACCAGAUGGGCCAUCGCACGGGUGAACGAGUUCGACGAUGGGGCGAAAACGUACGAAAUUCUUCCGGACGCCCCCAAACUACUGCCGGUGGUUGAGGGCCGCAAGCCACUGGACGUGCUACGGCGGAUGCAGAAGCUGCAAAAAACCGAACCGGUUCCGGAACUGACCGCAACGGAAGUUAUUUUCGCGACGCUUCCGGGGGGUCACACGAUUGCGUACAAAAGUGAUGAGGCCACAUCGCGGUGAUGUUGA